AUGACUUUAUCAACCUCUGAUGAUUCCACUGCGCGCAACCCGCCCCCCUUUCCUCCCGAACUUUGGAUUACAAUAUUUAGCCUCGCCACCAAUGUCCCUGGUCUGCUGAGUUAUGAUGGCCCAACCCCAUCUGAUCUUCCGCGUCCCCUCGUCAAAGAGCACGAGCACAAACAGUUAAAAGAGUCUUUUAUCACAAAGAGGAAUAUUAUCCUUGUCUGCAGGUCAUGGCACGCUCUCGCCACCAAGUUCCUCUAUCGGAGCGUUGUAGUCACUCGCCUAGCCACCCUGUCUUCUUUGCUUGUCGCCCUCGACAGGAGAUCCUCUGGAGCAACCCACUCUGUUCACGUAGGGUGGUGGACGAAACGACUUGAUGUCUUGAUACAGGAUGACCAUUGUGAGGCAUCUGAUUACGCCCUCCUGGCCAACAUCAUUCGACGGUUCCCAAACUUGUCGAUCGUCAAUUUGUCUAUGCCCAUGCUUCCCGACAAUGAUUCUUGGCUUCGGCAACUACCCGAAUCGGUCGUGAUAGCGCUAGUUGAAUCCUGCGGUCUAUCAUUGCGCGUAUUUGAUUGCUCCGAGUCCAUUUUGCGCCCCUGCAGAGAGGAUCUGAUGAAGUUAAUGGCUGCAGCACCAAAUUUAAGUGUGCUCCGCUGCCCAAUUUGCUCGCCCAGUGCAAGGGACAAGUCUUCUUCUGCUAGACUCAAUGUGCCCGUUAUGACCAAGCUGCAAGCGGUGUCACUCACGUCGGUCUUUUUGCGGGAUUACCUGCCAGACGAUAGAGACGCCAACCACUUCCCAGCUCUCCGAAAACUUACUUACGACUGCACCCCUCCUCCGUUCCUUGACCAUACUUGGAAACAUUUUGUGAGGCUGAGCUGCGCGAAUGUUACUACCGUACACCUCGACUAUUCCCUUCAAGCCGACUGUCUUCAAAAAGAGCUAGAUCUGCUCAGUGAAUGUUGUUUGUCUUUGAACGACCUCGUCGUUUACAUCCGUUCAUGGACGGAGAUCAGUCCGAAUCUCACUCUCCCUCCUUCCGUUUCAUAUUUGGGACUACAUUCCAAGUUACGCAAGGCGCCUGCGUUCCAUUUUAAGCAGCUAUUUGCUGCUCUUCGUACCAUUUCGGGUUCGAAGCUCAAGAUUGUUCGAUUGCUGCACGCGGACGCCGUGGAAGAUUUACAGGAGAACCACCAGGCUCUGUUGGAGAGUGAACUCGCUGAUAGCACUUCUUGUAUUACAUUCCGCAUCGAGGACAACGAGGGUCAUCUUCUGAUGGUUUGA